CCGGCGAGCGGGACGCGGGGUCCGCCGGGGCCUAGGCACCCGCCGGCCAGGCCCCCCGUUCCGGUCCGAGCCUGAGCAGGGCGGGACCGGCCGUCCGCGCACCAGAGGCCGCCCCACGCCGAGUUCCUGCUGCCCUCCGGGGCUUCCUGCCCCCGCCCCAUCCGCUGGCCCCCUCGUCUCCGCGCCCCCCACCCCGCGUCUCCUUUCUCUGCCCACCGCUCAGCCUUGCGUUCCCUUCCCCCCAGCUCCCCCCAGCGGCCUGGUGGCACCUGGGAGGCGUCCCGAGCGGCGGCGAUUCCGCUGGCACCGAGGCCCCUCUGCGUGCCCGGCUCGCUCGGGGUCGGGGCGGAAGACAGCUGCUCCGGUUCCUAGAGGGACGCAGGCACGGCACCAGCCCUGUUAGGCGUGAUUUUGUCCUCACAGCAAACCUAGGGGAUUUCUCCGUGGACAAUGGCAGCUACAAUUCAGGCCAUGGAGAGGAAGAUCGAAUCGCAGGCUGCCCGCUUGCUUUCCCUAGAAGGUCGAACCGGGAUGGCCGAGAAGAAGCUGGCCGACUGCGAGAAGACGGCCGUGGAGCUGGGGAACCAGCUGGAGGGCAAGUGGGCCGUGCUGGGGACCCUGCUGCAGGAGUACGGGCUGCUGCAGAGGCGGCUGGAGAACGUGGAGAACCUUCUGAGGAACAGGAACUUCUGGAUCCUGCGGCUGCCCCCUGGCAGCAAGGGCGAGGCCCCCAAGGAGUGGGGCAAGCUGGAUGAGUGGCAGAAGGAGCUGUACAAGCACGUGAUGCGGGGCAACUACGAGACGCUGGUCUCCCUGGACUAUGCCAUCUCCAAGCCUGAGGUCCUCUCCCAGAUUGAACAGGGGAAGGAGGCGUGCAGCUGGCGUCGCGCUGGCCCCAAGGUUCCAGAUGUUCCUGUGGACCCGAGUCCAGGCUCAGGGCCCCCCGUUCCUGCCCCCGACCUCUUAAUGCAGAUCAAGCAAGAAGGUGAGCUCCAGCUCCAGGAGCAGCAGACUCUAGGCGUGGAGGCGUGGGCAGCCGGACAGCCAGACAUCGGGGAGGAGCCGUGGGGCCUCAGCCAGCUGGACUCCGGAGCAGGAGACGUCUCUACCGACGCUGCCUCUGGCGUCCACUCCAACUUCUCAACCACUAUCCCGCCCACCUCCUGGCAGGCGGAUCUCCCUCCCCACCACCCCUCCUCCGCCUGCUCGGACGGGUCGCUGAAGCUCAGCACGGCCGCCUCCACGGAAGCAGAUGUAAAGAUUGUGAUAAAAACCGAAGUCCAGGAAGAGGAGGUAGUGGCCACACCAGUGCAUCCUACUGACCUAGAAGCCCACGCGACCCUGUUUGGACCAGGCCAAGCCGCAAGGUUCUUCCCUAGUCCUGUCCAGGAAGGAGCCUGGGAGAGCCAGGGCAGCUCCUUCCCCAGCCAGGACGCCGUGCUGGGGCUGAGAGAGCCCGCCCGGCCCGAGCGCGAGCUGGGCGAGCCCAGCCCCGCGGUGACCCAGGACGAGACCCCUCCAGGGGACUGGCUCUUCGGGGGGGUCCGGUGGGGCUGGAAUUUCAGGUGUAAGCCUCCCGCGGGCCUGAACCCGAGGACCGGGCCUGAGGGUCUGCCCUACUCCACGUCUGACAACGGAGAGGCCGUGCUGGACCCCGGCCAGGCCCCGAGACCCUUCAGCGACCCCUGCAAGUACCCCGGCCGGACCAAAGGCUUCGGCCACAAGCCGGGCCUGAAGAAACACCCGGCGGCCCCCCCGGGGGGGCGGCCGUUCACGUGCGCCGCCUGCGGGAAGAGCUUCCAGCUGCAGGUCAGCCUGAGCGCGCACCAGCGCAGCUGCGGGGGGCCGCCCGACGGGGCGCCGGGGGCGGCGGGCGGCGCGCGGGACGGCAGCGGCCUGCGGUGCGGCGAGUGCGGCCGCUGCUUCACGCGGCCGGCGCACCUCAUCCGGCACCGCAUGCUGCACACGGGCGAGCGGCCCUUCCCCUGCACCGAGUGCGAGAAGCGCUUCACCGAGCGCUCCAAGCUCAUCGACCACUACCGCACGCACACGGGCGUGCGGCCCUUCACCUGCACCGUGUGCGGCAAGAGCUUCAUCCGCAAGGACCACCUCCGCAAGCACCAGCGCAACCACGCGGCGGGCGCCAAGCCGGCCCGCGGCCAGCCCCUGCCGCCGCUGCCCGCAGCGCCCCCCGACCCCUUCAAGAGCCCCGCCUCCAAAGGACCCUUGGCCUCCACGGACCUCGUGACCGACUGGACUUGUGGCCUGAGUGUCCUGGGACCCACCGACGGCGGGGACCUGUGAGGCCCCCGCGGGCGACCCCCGCAGGCCCAAGUGUAAAGAGGCGCUUCUCCAGACAGCAGGGUGGUGCGAAAAGCUUCGAGGCGGAACGGAGCCUGGGGGAGAACCAGAUUCCCAGUUGCUGAACCGAUCACUGGAGCAGGAGAAACUAUCAGACAGUGCAGCUUCCACCUCUAAACAAAGUAGAAUUCUCUGAUUGUGAAACUGAGCAGCAUAGAAGUUUAAGUAAUUUAAUUACGAAACUCUUUUUUUUAAUUCUUGAAGAAAAAGCCGGAAAAUAGUAGUAGCACCAGUUUAAACUUUAUAGUGUACCUUUGGUUUCUGGAGUGCGUGUGUGUGUUGUGGGCUGUGUCCUUACCAAGUCUGACAGAGGGUGUGACGGAAGCUUGGCUGGCUGGGGACGCGGGUGAGGAGGGACCUGGACCUCCCUGGCCUCAGUGACCGCUAGGGAUGGGCCGGUCUCUGCACACAGCCCCAGGGGAGCGGAGACGCGGCUCUGCCCAAGGCCGGGCUGGGAAGUAAGGCCAGCCGGGCGCCGUGGAAGCCCAGUCUCCCCUCACGGGCAGGAGGCCUGAGCAGGGGCAGCCCGGCAUCUCUCAGCACCGGCCUCUCAUGCGCAAAGGCUCUGCACAAGUGCCGGCCCUGCGCAGACCCCGUGCCGCUCCCCCCACCCCGCUCCGGUACGUGGCUCCUGGGCCUCGUAAAGGAGAGUUGUCCGGAAGCACCAUUAGACGUGCAGACGUGAGGCAGGGGCAGCGGAAGCAGAGCCGGGAACAGAGCCUCGCCUGCCGACCCCUCCAGGGGACGGGCUGUCCUCUGCUCCAGCCAGAUGCUCGUUUCCUUUUCUCUUGGUGUGGUGUGUCUUCUCGCUGUCCAGACGCUUUCGCACGGAACCUCAUUUGAUGGUUACUGUGCCCUAGUGAAGCACGCCGGACGAGCAUCCUUUCCUGUGAGAGAUGAGGCAAUAAGCUACUCAGAGGGGACCCAUCUCAGCCUCGCACCCCGUGUGCACGAUGAGUGCAGACAGUUGGGAAGAGGCUCAGGACAGACUUGGCUCGUCCUUCUGGAGCAUCAGUUUGGGGGAGGAAAGCUUUUCAUUUUGCCCUCUUAAAAGAUUUGCCCCACAUCUGCCUGAGCAAAAUCAUCAGGCGUCAAGCUUUAGCCAAGUGGCGGCCUUGGUGGCCAGUGGGCGCUCUCCCCCGGGAGGGGUCGGGGCUGAGGGGCUGGGCCAGGGGCAGGGCUUGCUCGUUCCCUGGCUGACAUCUUGAAGGUGGAAUUAGAAAUGGGCCAAGGUUUCUUGAUUCCACCCCAAUGCUGUCCCUGCCACACGAGAAUCCAUUCCCGUUUUGUUGAAGCAGAUGCUGGUUCCUUGUCCUCUGGGGAACUUGUUUCCCGAGGGGGGGAGACCAUCGCUUCUGUUCAUUCAGCUCCCUUGUGCGUACUUUUAUUAGGCAAUAGACUAGUUAAGAUUGUUUCUAUGUACUGUAUAUUUUGUACCAGUUUACACUUCUAAUAUUGAUAUAACUGAUAUUUUGAGAAACAAAUGAAGAGGAAACAUCCUGUUAAAAUAAAACCUAACCAGCACCAAGGCGGUUUGGUGGGUUCUGUUCUUAGACCCGCGUCUUUGGCGCUGGUGCCACUACACGCAUUCCCCGAGGCAGCGGUGCGGUCGGCUUUCUCUGCGCCCUCCUCCUGCUCGGGGGGGCCUUGGACCCAGGGAGGCAACUGUCCCUGAGAGCUGGGGUGGGAGAAUCCAGAGAAGUUUGACUCUGUGGAGAUAAAACCGACACCUGGAGGGAAAAUAAAACCACAUCCAGUCACCUCGCUUCAGAA